UAAAGUGUGUACAUUUAGAAUGUUGACUUCUUUUGCUAUUGAAAGUUAGUGCGACGCCACUUAUCUGCUUUCUCGUUAAAUCCCUUUUCCUUUUUUGAAGAUGAUGUUCACUUUAAGCCAUGAAUUUUGACUCAUGGAAAUAAAGAAUAAUGAAAAGAGUGAUCAAGUACUACUCAAAAAAAAAUUAUCAAGUAUUCAAUGAUUAUUAGAUUGUGCUCUCUCAAGCUACUGAGAAUGAAACCACUGAGAAUGAAACCUUUCCAUGUAAGUACAUGUGUUGUUAAUAAAUUUGAAUAUACUUAGAUGCAUCAAAACAGUGGUUGUUGCAGAUUUUCAAAAUUUAGUUUUUGUUUGUUUGAUGCAUAGAAACAAACACAUAGUGACUAGUGAAAAAUGGGAAACAAUUGUGUUGGAUCAAUAACCUCUAAAGAUUAAAUUCUUCCCUUUAUUCUUCCAAUUUCAUUAUGGUGGUCACAUCCAAUCAAUGUAAUAGAAAUUGCCAAUUCAGAUUCACCAAACACAAAUGCUUCAGAGACUGUUCAACAAAAUCCACCACUGGUAGUGAAAAUUGUCAACAAAGAGAUAAACAAUGAUAAGCCUUCAGAGGAACAACAAACCUGUAUAUCAAAAGAUUCAGAACAACCAGUUAUUAUGGUGUUGAAGGAACAAAAACCAAAACCAAUGAUGUUGCAAAAUAUUAAGAGGGUAGUAGCAAAAAGUGCUGGUCUUCAAGCAGAAUCAGUUUUGCUGACAAAAAGUGGUCAUUUUAAGGAGUACUAUAAAUUGGGAGAUGAACUUGGGAAAGGACAAUAUGGAAUUACUUCACUUCGCUUGGAGAAAUCAACAGGGAAAAACUAUGCAUGCAAAUCCAUUCCAAAGGUGAAAUUGAUAAGAGAUGAUGAUUUGGAGGAUGUAAGGAGGGAGGUUCGGAUAACUGUUGAUGUUCAUGUUGUUAUGGAAUUAUGUGAAGGGGGUGAGUUGUUUGAUAGGAUUGUAGAAAGGGGUCAUUACACAGAAAGAAAGGUUGCUAAACUUGCAAAGACUAUUGUUAAUGUUGUAGAGGCUUGUCAUUCGCUUGGUGCAAUGCAUCGCGGUCUUAAGCCUGAGAAUUUUCUUUUUGUUGAUGGAAGUGAAGAUUCAACUCUCAAGGCAAUAGAUUUUGGAAUGUCGUUCUUCACACCAGGAGAAAAGUUUAGGGAUGUGGUAGGAAGUCCUUAUUUUGCACCUGAGGUUCUAAGGCGGUGUUAUGGUCCAGAAGCCGAUGUGUGGAGUGCAGGUGUGACCAUAUACAUUCUCUUAUGUGGAACACCUCCUUUUUGGGGUGAAUUGGAUCAAGAGAUAUUUGAUGAGGUCUUAUUUGGUGAUCAUGAUUUCUCUUCUGAUCCUUGGCCAAGUAUAUCUGAAAGUGCAAAAGACUUGGUUAGCAAGAUGCUUGUUAGAGAUCCUACAAAACGGAUAACAGCACAUGAAGUUCUUUGUCACGCCUGGAUUCAGGUUGAUGGAGUUGCUUCAGACAAGCCUCUUGAUUCUGCAGUGAGUCAUCUAAAGCAAUUUUCUGCUAUGAACAAGCUCAAGAAAAUGGCUCUUAGAGUUAUUGUCGAGAAUCUAUAUGAAAAAGAAAUUUAUGGGUUGAAAGAAUUGUUCAAGACGAUAGACAUGGACAAUAGUGGCCAAAUUACUUUUGAAAAACUCAAAAUUAAACUAAAAAUAUUUGACAUGCAAGCUGUAAUUAUCAAUUAAAAAAUCAUCUUCAAUUCUCUUAAUGUCACAAAAUAAAGCUGAUAUUUUGAUCUAAUAAAGUAGUAUUGAUAAUUCUAGUAGUACAUUGUUAUAAUCUAUUUGUUCCAAUUUUGUUUAUUAUUGCAGGCAGAUGUUGAUAAUAGUGUUAUAAUCUAUUUGUUCCAAUUUUGUUUGUUAUUGCAGGCAGAUGUUGAUAAUAGUGUUAUAAUCUAUUUGUUCCAAUUUUGUUUGUUAUUGCAGGCAGAUGUUGAUAAUAGUGUUAUAAUCUAUUUGUUCCAAUUUUGUUUGUUAUUGCAGGCAGAUGUUGAUAAUAGUGUUAUAAUCUAUUUGUUCCAAUUUUGUUUGUUAUUGCAGGCAGAUGUUGAUAAUAGUGUUAUAAUCUAUUUGUUCCAAUUUUGUUUGUUAUUGCAGGCAGAUGUUGAUAAUAGUGUUAUAAUCUAUUUGUUCCAAUUUUGUUUGUUAUUGCAGGCAGAUGUUGAUAAUAGUGUUAUAAUCUAUUUGUUCCAAUUUUGUUUGUUAUUGCAGGCAGAUGUUGAUAAUAGUGUUAUAAUCUAUUUGUUCCAAUUUUGUUUGUUAUUGCAGGCAGAUGUUGAUAAUAGUGUUAUAAUCUAUUUGUUCCAAUUUUGUUUGUUAUUGCAGGCAGAUGUUGAUAAUAGUGUUAUAAUCUAUUUGUUCCAAUUUUGUUUGUUAUUGCAGGCAGAUGUUGAUAAUAGUGUUAUAAUCUAUUUGUUCCAAUUUUGUUUGUUAUUGCAGGCAGAUGUUGAUAAUAGUGGCACAAUUGACUAUGGAGAAUUUAUAGCUGCAACAUACAUUUUAGAAAAUGAAAAUAAGAUACGUUUUCCAAAUUAA